AUGGUGCGCGUGCCCGGAUCUUCGGAAGACGCGGGAUUUCACCGCGAUUCCCAAGACGAUACAGAUGUUCAUGUCAAGAAGGAGCACAAGACCGAAGAAGGACCAUCAGCCGACGGUGAAAACCGAGAGGUUAAGGUCCCCGAACAAACAAAAAACAAGAUCGCGCAAUCCAAGCAGACGAAGUUCCGGAUGAAGGCACCCGGAAACACCAAGUCGAUAGUCCCCGAGAAGUCAGGACUGGCAUCAUGGACAGACGCUGAUGCCACGAGGGCCUACCACCAACGCAAGCUGAACGCGUUCCUGGAGAGCGACCCCGUCGCGAAGACCCUGGAGAUCCGGCAGCUGGGUCAACUCACUGGGCCGGUGUCGACCCUGCACGGCUGCACUCCAAUCACAACAACGUUAGAGCAUAUGCACAAGCGUCUGUCGAUCCUGGUGGGUACCACACCAGCAACGGAACACCCACCUCUGGUGACACCUACACACAUGCAGUCCAAGGACAGCCAGAUGACGCUUCAAGACAUCACGGUGGGUCCCCACAUGUACGGAGCCUCCGGCCACCCAGAGGCUAAUCAAGGCCCAUCUCAACACCUGAUGCCAAGCGGCCAGAGGGAAGCAGCACCGUGGUCUCCAGGGUCGUCCUCAACUGGGUCGGUCACUAGGAUGCCCCUAGGCCCUACUGAAGCGGCGCUGCUCCAGGCCCGAGCGCGCAGCGCGGAGCAGGAGCCAAGUGGUCUUGAAACGGCGACGCGUGGCAAGAAUGAAAAUCAUUCCGAUUUUCAACCAAUGGAAAAUCAUCACGAGAAAAAAUUGGAAUUUGCUCUGCCCCGUGACGAAUAUGCUGGGGGGGAGGACCUACCUACCCGGUAG